AUGCUCGAUCUUUAUCGUCGACAAAACCCUCCCAUUUUUCAAGGGAAGCUUGGCGUGAACCCCAACGAAGGGGAAUUUUGGAUCAAGCAAACAAAGAAGCUACUGGACCACCUGCACUACAGAGAAGAAGAGAAGGUCAAUUGUGCCACCUUCAUGCUGCAAGAUGAAGCAGAUAGGUGGUGGAAGGGAGUCAAGAGGGCAAUGACCUCUCGGGCCAGGGCGCCCUACAUCACUUGGGAGCGAUUCAAGGAACUCUUCAAUGAGAAGUACUUUCCCUUGAAUUUAAGAAUGAAGAAAGAGAGAGAAUUCAUGGAGCUAAAGCAAACUGGGGACAUGUCUGUCGCCCAGUACGAGGACACUUUCAGCAGAUUAAUUAGGCACAUGCUUAUUUAUGAAGAGGACGAAAGAGUCAAAGCACAGAAGUUUUUGGGAGGACUGAGUCUGAAGCUUCAGAGGGCAUUAAGUAGUAUAAAUACUCAGUCUUACUCAGAAGUGAUGUUGCAAGCUUUCACCACCGAGGCUAACCUAAGCCGAAUCGACGCUAUCCAAGGAGAAAGUCAACAAAAGAGCAGUCAUAAAACAGACAAGAAAUUGGAACUCCAAAGGCCGAAGUUCAAACCUAGCACUCCAUGCCAAAGAUGCCAGAAGUAG